GCACCAGAGGAGCUCCCAUUUGGAGAGUGCCCCGCCACGAUCCCAGACUUUCGAAUAGCUAUCCUUUGGUUGCCCGAGACUCGCUGAAGUUGGCAUGUCUGUCCAAGUCAAUCUCCUUGAUUCACACCCUCUCUUGGACAUGUUGCAGUAUCCGUCUUUGAAGCUUGGUCACCAGUCAUAGUCCUACUACCAACCUUAACCCCCCCACCUACCUACCGACAACGCCGGGUCAUCAUGCACUCGACCUUCACGGGCAACUCCCGCCGAACCCGAAAUGUCAACCUAAGCGGCCAAAAUCAGAACCCCUUUGCCAACGUGUGGUCGCCGUCAGCCAGUUCUGGGGCUUCCAAGACAGUGUCAAACGCCCAAGCUGAGCGUCAACAGAGACAGUUAGAACGAGACCGCCUGAAGGCUGCGAGGAACAUCCAACGAACAUGGAGGAGCCACCACGUCAGAAGACAAUGUCGGGAUGUCUGGCGCCAAGCCUUCGAUGACAUUUACCGUGUUGACACCCCGAACACUGCAGUCCAGAGAGUGCAUACGGCUCUACCGCUGCUGCUUGCUGCCUUUCAGAGGAACCGACCUGACGACGUGCAUCGGCUAGCUUACAUAGCACGAGAUGUCAUGUCCCAGCACGUACGCUCUUUAGUCCCAUCAUCGGAAAAUCAAUCAAGUCGAGAGCAAGAAGGCCAUCGUCUGAGACGAUUGUCUGAGAUAACUGUCGAGGCCCUUGGGGCAACCAUUUUGGAAACACACCUUCAACCAGAAACGAAACUCCUUGUCGAUCUCCUAGCCUACCUGGUCACUGGGCAACCUCAGUCUGUCGUGCGGGUUCUCUCCCAGUACUUCCGACUCCUAGCAAGACUGGUGCGUGCUUCUGCCUCAGAUGAGCAGCAGCUCGAGAAGGUCCUGGCACUUGUGUUGGCUCCUUUGAACGAGCCUCCCCAGUAUGGUUCUGCCGAGGACGCCCGUCCACAUUCAAACCGCGCCUAUGAUGCAUUUGCUUUCGAUUUCCUCGCACGUCACAAAAACACCGAGCAAGCAAAUGAUGACACGGUGUCCAUGCUCCGACCACUGCCGCCUUAUGUUUUGACCAAGCUUACCUCCUGCGUGGACCGAGCCGGUAUUACUGAUAUCCUGUCGGAUCUGGCCAGCUUCCAGGGCGCAAGCCUCUUGGCAGGCUACAUUGUCACGCUUCUGCGGUGCUUUCCGACAUUCGCUGAUGACAUUCGGAUGCGCCUGUUUUUGGGAGAUAUUCCCUCAACAGGCGGAAAUAUCCCCGUCAUCAAGUACCUUUGGCAAACAAUGAGCCAGACAUCGCUUUUUGAGCGCAUCUGCCAUGAUAAGGGAUCCGCUCACGCAGUCGGCUCGAUCCCUUCCUUGAUUAAAAGAUACCUGUCGAAGUCGGGGACUCAAGAAUACUCGGCCCUUGAGGAACAAGAGUGGAGAUUGACUCUGCUUUUCCUUGAACUCUAUACUUUCAUAUUACGCCUCAGCGACGACGACGACUUCUUCAGCGGCAUUUGGCCAAGGAUCAUUGAGAAUGGCGAGCCGCAGACUCGCCUCCGAGCAUGCAGCCUUACCCUCGAAGACGUCAAAAGCUUGACAUUGUUCCUCAAGAACUUGGCUUUUGCCCUGCAUUAUUACACCAACGAGAUCCUUCAGGAUCUUGCUCCAAGCCUCGCCUCAUCCAACGGAUUGGAUUCCUUCCUUGGCCUCGCUGAAGGUCAGAAAGCCUCCAACAAGGGGAGACGCACAUCCCUGGGCCCAAAGGGCCUAUCCUUCGAUAAGCCAGAUCUAGCAGGGUUGAGGGCUAUCGUGACGUCGACGUUGCGCAUGCUCUACGAACGGGACUCUCGACGUCCGUUUUUACCCCGGGACCACUGGCUCAUGACCUCCAAAUUUGACAUGGAAAAGUUUGCGUCGAGCGUCGUGCGGGAACACGACCGCCAACAAGAAGAGCUGGCCAACUUGUCAGAUGAUGAGGAUCAAGACGAGGAAGACGACAUGGAUGACGACGUGGAGAUGGAAAAUGGCGUGCAUACGUUCGCCGGUCAGCGCUUGUCGCAGCACGCGCAAAUAGAGAACAUUCGAGCUCGUCAGAGACGAGCCCAGAAAGCUCGCAUGCUAUCCGUCAUCGGACCCAAACUAGAGAUCCUCCGACACAUGCCUUUUGUGAUCCCUUUCGAUGCGCGGGUCCACAUCUUCCGACAGUUCAUCUACCUCGAUCAGCAAAAGAGGAGACAAGGAAUGGACGCCGAGCAGUGGCGGAUGUCCAUGAUCAACAAUCCGCUCCUGCCCCAGAGAGGUCUGACCGGACGUCAUCGUGGAAGCAUCAAGAGAGGACAAGAAUUCGACGAUGCGUUUGAGCAGUUCUACGAACUAGGCGAGAGCCUCAAGGAGCCAGUCCAGAUUCAGUUCAUCGACAGCUUUGGCGACGUCGAGGCAGGCAUCGACGGAGGAGGUGUCGCUAAGGAAUUUCUCCUCAGCGCCAUUAAUCAGGUGUUCAUGAAUCAGUCUGAUGACCGAUAUUUUGUCGAAAACAGCCAGAAGUUGUGGUAUCCGAACCCGAUCAUCUUUGACAAGUUCAGAGAAGAGACCGAGAAGAUGGGUCUCCCUGAAGCUGAGAAAAAGGAUAUCCUGACCGGACUCUCACAGAGGUACGAGUUUCUGGGACGCCUCGUCGGCAAAUGCAUGUAUGAGGAUAUCCUCAUCGACGUCAACUUUGCCGGAUUCUUCCUACUCAAGUGGGCAGCUUCCGGUCUGACAGGCGAGGAGAGCUACCGGGGCAACGUGAACGACUUGCGUGACCUCGAUGCUGGCUUGUAUCAGGGUUUGGUGCAUCUCAAGAAUCUGCCCGCUGACGAGGUGGAGUCCCUAAGCCUUGACUUUACAGUCGAUGAUCAGAUCUCGGCGGAUGGCGAGACGGUCCGCAGUCUGACGACAGAGCUCAUUCCCGGCAGGGGCUCGACGCCCGUCACCAAGGACAACAGACUGCUCUACAUAUCGUACAUGGCGCGUCACCGACUCGUGGUGCAGCCCGCCCAGCAAACGAUGGCUUUCCUGCGUGGUCUGCGCGCCAUCAUCGCGCCGACCUGGCUCUCCAUGUUUAACCAGACGGAGCUGCAGCGCCUCGUCGGCGGCGACUCGUCCGAGAUUAGCAUUGAUGACCUGCGCGCCAACACCAACUAUUCGGGCCUCUACGUCAUUGGCGACGAUGGCGAGGAGCACCCGACGAUCCAGCUCUUCUGGAAGGUCGUGCGUGGGUUCACGGACGCCCAGCGACGCGAUCUGCUCAAGUACGUCACGUCGACGCCGCGCGCGCCGCUGCUGGGGUUCGGGUCGCUGAACCCGCUUUUCAGCAUUCGCGACGGCGGCACCGACGAGGCCCGGCUGCCGAGCGCCAGCACGUGCGUGAACCUGCUCAAGCUGCCGCGGUAUACUGACGAGGAGACGCUGCGGCGCAAGUUGGUCCUCGCGAUUUCCUCGGGCGCUGGCUUCGACCUGAGCUGA